AUGUUUCGUUCAUUUAUUUUGUUAAUCUUCUUAAGUGCAGCCAUUGGAUGGAGUGAUGGCACAAGUCCAAAUUGGCUCGGUAAAUUCAACGUCAGUCCUUUAUGUGAUCAACAAGUUUGUUGUUGUCUUACUGGAGAAGUACAAGUAAAAGAAUUUGGCUAUUUUUUCAUGGCGUUAUCUGGCAAAUUAGCUGGCCAAUGUAGCGGACUUUCGACAUUUUGGUUACCCGUUAUGAAGCCGUCUACUUACACAACUAAAUUGCCGAUUAUUGGUGUACUGAACUUAAAUGAAGAUAGUACAACAUUAACAGCAGAAUCACCAUUAGGUUCACAAUGUAAUGGUCGGGCUGUUCGAGAACAAUAG